GCCCACCCCUGACUGAUCUGUACUCCCAAAGCCACAGUCUUUAGGCUCUGCGAGUUUGGGGUUGGGACUUUCCUUGGCCCCGGCAUGGUGACAGGCCUUUAAUCCCAGCAGAGGCAGGCAGAUGUGAGUUUGAGGCGAGUUUCCAGUGCUAGGAAUCCUCUGUCCACCAAGCCGACUGGUGGUCAAGUGGGUCCCUUAUCUGGGAGGCUGAUGGAGGAAUCUCAUGAGUUCAGGCUAGCCAGGCUCGGUACCUGACUUUGACCCAACCCCCCCACCUGCCUAUCACCUCGGGGAGUUUUAAACUAUUAGCCGAGGUGGGGGUUGACACCUUUUCUGGGUUUCCAAGGUUCAUUGGGAUUAAACUCUUGGAGGCAUCCCUAGGCUCCCAACUUCUUCAGAGAGCGGAGCAAGCCAGGUCCAAGCACCGGGAACCUUGCAGACCCCGCCCCUCAAGCUCCGCCCCCGAGGCCGCGUACCGCCAUCUUUGUUAGGGGCAGCGGGCCCAUCUCCGAGAUGCCGAAGUCGUGCGCGGCCAAGCAAUGCUGCAACCGCUACAGCAGCCGCAGGAAGCAGCUCACCUUCCACCGGUUCCCAUUCAGCCGCCCAGAGCUGCUGAAGGAGUGGGUGCUCAACAUCGGCCGGGCCAACUUCAAACCCAAGCAGCACACAGUCAUCUGUUCCGAGCACUUCAGACCCGAGUGCUUCAGUGCCUUUGGGAACCGCAAGAACCUGAAACACAACGCUGUGCCCACCGUGUUCGCUUUCCAGAACCCCACGCAGGUCUGUCCUGAGGUGGGGGCUGGUGGGGACUGCACACUGGAAGAGUUUCAGCCUCCAGACACUGAAGGCCCUGUGAAACAGGUCUCACCAGAGAGAACAGAAGCAAUGGAGGCUCCUGGACUGCCAGCCAGCCCCACGGGGUUGAGAAGGCCCCCUCUGGGACAGCCCUCUGAUCACAGCUAUGCCCUUUUGGACUUGGAUACCCUGAAAAAAAAACUCUUCCUCACACUGAAGGAAAACAAGAGGCUCCGGAAGCGCCUCAAGGCCCAGAGGCUGCUGCUUCAGAGGACGUGUAGCCGCCUGAGAGCCUACAGAGAGGGACAGCGGGGACCGCGGGGACCGCGGGGACAGCGGGCCAGACGGCCAGCACAGCGGAACUGA